AUGGACGGGGCUGAGCGGGACCAGGCGGGCGAGGUUAGCGGCACGAGCGGCAGUGGCUCGCCCAAGAGGCAUGAAGCUGGCAACUCCCGCGAUGAUGAGGCUGCAGGCCCGAGCGGCCGGGGCAACACAGGCGGCAGGAGCGCGGGCGGCGGUGGCGGUGGUGGCGUGGAAGGGGCUGGGGAGGGCGGCAGCGCUGAUCCUGCCGAUGAGCGCGUGCGGCGGCGGCGGGAGAUCAAUCGGAACAGCCAGAAGCGGAUCAGGGAGCGGCGCAACAAGGAGCUUGACGAGCUGCGGCUGGAGGCCCAGCGCUUGUCGUCUGAGAACGAGGCGCUGCUGAGGCAGGUGGAGACGCUGACGCUGGCGCGCGCAGAGGUGCUGCGGCAGGUGCAGGACCUCACGGACAAGUGGCAGCAGAGCAUUGCGGAGAACGCGUGA